AUGCGCUUCUCCUCCGCCCCCCUCCGCCUCGCAAAGCCCCGCGCCCUUGCCCGCGCACAGCCAAAGCGCCUCGCCUCCUCCAACUCCACUGAGGCCGCGCAGAAGAAGGCCCAGGAGGCUCUCACCAGCGCGCAGAAAGUCGCGGAGAAGGCUUGGGCAGCGACGAGGAGCUUCCUGGGGCCCGUCGGCGAGCGUUUCAGUGGCCUAUUAGGCGCCUACCGCCAGCCGUUGACAUACAACCUCUCCGUCACGCGCGAGGUCCUCAAGCAGAUCUACGUCGCCGAGCGGUUACAGCCCCCGACCUCUGUCUCCCAGGUCACCUCCGCGUACCUCACCCUCUGGCGCCGCGCCGCGAGCCCCUCCUACUGGCGUGAGGUCGCGCGCUCAGGAGAGUGGGCACGCAUCGGCGUCUACGCUGCCGAGGCGUAUGGCAUCUACAAGAUUGGAGAGAUCAUUGGCCGCAGGUCGCUUGUGGGAUACAAGGUCCAAUAG